UUUGGUUUGAAUGGACAUGCUCAUGGAGCACCUCCUGCAAGUCAUGCAGGUGGACCAGCAUCCGUGUCACACAGCAUGCUGUAGCCUCUGGACCAGCUUAUUUGACUCCAGGACACUGUCAACCUCCCCCACCACCAUCACAGAUGUACCAAGGACAGCGGCCCAGCCAUCCUCCAGGUGGAGCAGUCUUGCCAGGUCCAGUAACCUCAACGAAACCCUCACACUCUCAUCAUCAUAUUGUGACCAAGCCCAAUCCAUCACCACCAACAUCAAGAAAAUCAUCAUCAUCUUCGUGUCACAGUCCAGUUCAUGGUGGGUCAGACCCUCCUGCUUUCCAGUUGCAGCCUCAUGGGCGGCCUUGUGCACCCCCACCCCCAUCCUUCCCUGCACCUCCGCCCCCUCUGCAUCCAGAGCGGUGCAUGAUGGGAAUGCCUGAGAUGCGAUCCCCUUCUCCUCCUUUGCCACCCCCUCCUCCAGAAAUCCUGUCAUCCAGUGGCGUUCCAAACACAGUCCGCAUCAUUCCACUACCAGGUGGUCCACUUAUACAACCAACAGCCACAAGCCCGAGAAGUCAGAAUGUAUUGCAUGAACAAGUGGCAAGUGUUCAUAGCAACCAGGGUAGCAGUGGCAUGAUGGCAGAGCUAACACAGAUGAAGCUUCGGAAGCCACUUCAACCUGAAAAUGGUGUUGGCCAGCCUGCUAAUGAGGGAGAUGACAGUGUGUCACCUUUGGGCAUUCGACUGAAACCAACAUCUGGGAAAUUUAGCAACAUUUAUCAACAAGAUGAGAUACAGCAAGAAAAGACUGUUGAGGAGUUACCUCCCACUCAGCCUCUAGAAGUUCAACAUCAUCCCGAGCAACAGCAGCAACCACAGAGAGAUGAGGAGAGCCUGAUUUUGGCAGCGCUUAGCAAGAUGGACAUAGAAAUCCCAGAAGAUAUUGACCUCACCCAGUGCCCAGGGUUGGUGGAAAUAACCAAGGCAACACCCAACUGGAAGCGAGAGAUGAUUGAGAAGAAGAACAGAGAAAAGAUAGAGGAGUAUGUGAAACAAAUCAUGAAAGAUCGAGAACAGGCUGCCAAAUGGAGGAAUGUACCAGAAUGGAAGCGAGCUUUGCUGCAGAAGAAAGAUCAGGAGGAGCAGACAGGCUCCGAAAAACCAGUAGUAGCAACAGAAACGGCACCCAAAGUUUUGAAAAAAAUAGCACCAUCAGCUCCAAAGGCAGACAACCCUCCUCCGCCACCGAUGGCAAAACCAAAAGGUGAUAAAGUCCCAGCUGCCCUCAACAUCGACCCAGCAGAGCUGGAGAGCAUGCCCCCCUGGAAACGUGAACUUCUCUUUAAACGUGAAAAAGUUCCAGUUUCUUUCUUCAACGAGUUCAACCCAGAUGAAGAAGAUGCCAAGAAUGUGUGUGGUCAGGUUCCAAUAGAGCACGGUGACUCGAGCUGAUGAGAUGGAUGAAUGUGCCUGCAGACAUUUUCAUACUCAAGCUCUGAAAUCCAUCACAGAUUACAGCUUGAUAUCCACAAACCAUGCCCUAAUAAAAGAACACUCAUCAUUCAACUAUGUUUUAGACUAUUUGCUGUAACUUUCAAGGUCUCGGUCUUGCCUCAAGCAUUGCCUGCAUGCUCACUCAUGUGUUGCGCAAUAAAAGCAAGCAAACAAAUCUUACCUGCUGUUUGUAGGAGAGGGUGGAGAAGGAUGGGUAGUGUAUAUUUGUGAAGCUCAUUCGUGGGUUGAGCCAGGGCUUAGCCAAAAUAGCACUUACAUUCAAAUCAGAUUUGUAUUGAAUAAAAUGAUUAUACUACUCAGCUCAUGAGUUAAUUCUCCUCCAGUCACUUACUAAAUGGCAGGGCCUUUGCUGUUUAUUACUGUAAAUGUGUUGUGUCAUUUGUUUGCCUGGUUUGUUUUCUGUGCAUUUAUCAUAAGCAUGUCCUUAUGAAGCCUUUCUUGCUGAUUUUGCUUGGCUUCCAGAAAUAUGUAGAUACCAGGAGAACCACAGUGGUACACAACAUUUGUUUGAUAGAAAGUUGUUCUCCGCAUGCCAUGUUUUUAGCCGGCAAGCAACUGGAUGUAGAAAUACAUUUGUAUGGCAGUGCUAACCUGAUCCAAACACCUGUGUUUUACAAAGCGAUUCCCUAAUGUUUCUUUGACUUCACCGUUCUUUUCUUAAGGAUGCUUCUUUUAGAGUGAAAAUAAUUAGAGAUUCUCUGUGUUAGCCUUAUGUUGUGUCUUUUUUAUUUCCUAGUGAAAAGUCAAGUACUGUGUUUACAUGUUUCAGCUGCAGUUCUUUUACUGACACCUUAUGUGAAAAGCUGACAAUUUUCAGUCUUUUAAGUUCUAAAGCUGAAAGCUGGUAACAGGUGAUCAGUCUUUUGAAAGCAGCUUUUACAAGGACAAUUGAUCUUUCUGAAAAAUGAUUUUUAUGGAGCCAAGUGUCAGUGAAGUUGGUUGCAUGUACUUUCAUAUUUCCUUUGUAAAUUAUAAAAUGUUCUUUAUAAAUAUGUGUAAGUUAUUUGUGCAGUUAGAUAAUCUACAAGAAAUUCUUGUUGUUUUUUCAUGUUUUCACAGGGUUUUUUUCAAACAAAGACAAUAUAUUUGUACAAACUGCCAUAAUGAUAAGAAAAAGCCAAAAUGUGUAAAGGAUUUUUUUGUGUGUGAAGAUCAGAAACUUUGUGAUAGACAUUUCUCAAUAGCAUGAUUUUUCAGUUUAAAUGUAAAAAUUUUCCACUUUUCCAUCAGCUAUCACACAAACUCAUUCCAAAAGCUAAAGAAUCUUUAAGGUGCAUGCUAAAAGUGAUUUAAUGUAGGCUGAUUGUUUUAUAGCAGCAAUAAACACCAAUCUCCUCUUCACUGAAUUCACUUGAAUGCAAAAACGGAUGAGCCACUGUAUGAUUCACUUGCAGUUGUCUUGAAAUGUAAUGUUUCUGCUGAAAUGAUCAUUGAGCUGGAACAACAACUGUCUACUAAAUAAACCUUACUGAACCCAAGAAUUAAUAUGAAGAACUCAGAUUUACUGUCUUAAACAGAGGUUCUGAUAUUAUCAAAAUACUACAGACAGCAGAACAUCUUUUUUAUAUAUAAUGUGCUUAAAGCCCAGAAAGUAAAGAGAUACCCUUGCAGAUUUUUUACUCCCUGCUUUUCUCUCCCUUUGUAAGCAAUUUGUUGUGUCGUUAAUAACUGUCUCUCUUACCCUCAGGCUAAUUAGUCUCAGUUUUGUGCAGACUGCUGACUAGCUCAAUAAUUUACCGUUUUUAGUCUUUAUGGAUGAACAAGACCUAGGUCUUGCAAGAAUUAUCUGUGACGGUAACUGUUAAACAGAAACAGUUUCUGCAAAGAUUGCCAAAUGUUUUCUUUUAUGCAACAAUCUGAAGCGCCAAGUACCAGUCUGGAAGACGGCGGUAAUAGCAGAAAUCAUUUCUGUGAACAUAAUUUUUUAAACUGUAUGUUUAAUAUACUCACUUCUUUUCAUAAGUUAACUGGAUUUUUAAAGAUAUAUUGUAUAUGGUCUUCUUGUUGGUUUUGCUCUCAGAUGAAACAAUGACAGUGAUCUUGAAUGAAGUCUUGCAUGCCUGCAUGCACAGAAAUGUACGCAUUCAUGCAUGUGCCUGCAGACACAUCUAAUUAACACCUAAAUGUGUGCACACACAUACACAUGAAAUAUAGAAUAAUAGAGUAUGCAAUAAACAAGAAGCAUAAGUAAA